AUGAUACAAAACACGACGCACAACAGCUCGAGUCUCGACCAUACGUCAAAGCAGACCGCGGAUAUGUUGCCUCCUAUUCCCACGGCCACACUCGAAGCCAAUCCACAUUUUGCUGUUCUAUACAACUAUCUAACCACCAACAUUUUGUUAUCGGACGGUUCGACAGCUUCGCGGUCAAAAACUAGUGAAGUUAGUAGGGUGUCGCUGCGGCAAGCACGCGAAGAUGCUGCAAAGGAGAGUGUUCUCUUGCUGGCGCUCGAGGAGCUCGCUCUAUGCGAAGAUGUUACGGAGCAACCAAGUCAACCACUUGUAUCACUAGAUGCUUCGAGACUUGCUGGGCACAACGGAUAUCGUGCUGAGGGGACGCCAAGUCUGCCAGUAGAGCUGCGUGAGCUGGUUCUCAAUGUCACAAAUUACCUCUCAGUAUCACUGGAUCAAAGGGCAAAUAUGACUCUCCCCAAGGACACAGAUGAACUCAUGAGGGAAGAACAGGAGAUGUUCCAACAGUAUCUACCAGAAAUCUGUUCCGCCUUAUCUCGGUAUCUCGUGUCCAUCGAAUCAAAGCUAGCGAGCACAGCAAGGACGCUCCUACCUCCCACAACAGAACAGAAACCAACAAGAUCAAAACCCCGCCAGGAGUCCUUAUCAGACAUAGUCUCCUCCGCCACAACCUUGACAAACAAUCUACAAUCAGUCCAGCUACCGGCACAGCUCCAAGCAACCCUCUCCUCCCUCCAAUCACAUCUCGACUCACACAGGAUAGACCUCCAGAACAGAAUCCGCCAUCUCGAACUCCAUACUCACGGCACACAGUCACGAUAUCUGACGGCUCGCGCAGCGUAUCUUGCGGCUGUUUCUCGAGGCGUUGAAGCAAAAGCUCGCCUUACGAAGCUUGAGCAAGAGAAGGCAUUACUUGAGAAUGUCGAUGUUAUGAGACAGAUGGAUGGACAACUUGAGCGAUUGGAAUUUGAAGAGCAGCAGCUAGAUGGGAAAGUGGAUGAGUUGGAGAAGUUAUUGAAGCAACAUGAGACCAAGGGGCAAGCCGCCGAUAAAGGAGCGUGGAAAGUUCGGAGGUAG